CUUCUCACGCGUAGCAACCCUAAAUUGCUGCCGCCGCCUUCUUCGACAGCGCGCAAGCUUCCCGAUCAGGCCACGCCGGAGCGCCUACGACGUCGUUUCCAAUUCAUCAGGAGAUAAUCAUUUCCGAUCCGUUCCGUUCCGACGUUCCGAUCCGUUCUUUUACUAUUAUAACGUCCGAGAACGGCGUGAGGCGUUCCCGUGCCUGUUCCGGCCGUUCCACGCCCGUUCCGACGUGCGUCAACCCGUCAACCCGCAAUCUGCUAGGGAUCCGAUUGUGGAUUCCCUAUAUAACCCUCUCUAUUUCACUGCGCCGCCACCACCAUCCAAACCAAACCCUUUUGAGAUUUGCGUCUAAAGCAGGCCUGGGCAGAUCGAUUUAAUUCUGAGCGACGAUCCAAAAGAAACCGUCUCUUGGUAGCAGAUUUUCUUGCGGAGUGAAAUGUUCCAGUUUGGCCGAAGAAAUGAGGAUUAAGUCGAGAAUAAUUUGGCUUACCCAUGGAACUGCAGGAAGAAGAAAAAAAAAACAUUCUGAUGUUUUUAGGUUUGGAAUGGGAGGUAUUGGAAAGAUUUGUUUGGUUAGAAGAUUAGAGGCUCAAGGUUUGCCUCCUAAUCAAGCAUACAUAAUCAUAUCAACAUUGACGACAUUUUUGAAUACUAAUUUAGAUCAUUUGACACAAUCUGUUGUGUCAAAGUCGGCAAUCAAUGAGUUUAAGGCGGAACAAAAUUCUGAUCUAUCCCAAUUCAAGUUAAAAAUGAAACACAUGCAGGAUGGUCAUUUUAAUUCGGUGGAACGAAAAAAUGAAAAACUGGAGAGAGAUUUUAAGAAAUUGGUUAUUAAAUUAACUAACAAAUUUAACCGGGAAAUUAUUGAAGUGGAAGCAGGACUGGAAGCUGGAAAAUUUGAGCUUAUGAAGAAAAUGAAAAAUUGGAGAGAGAUUUUAAGAAAUUGGUUAUUAAAUUAACAAGCAAAUUUAACUGGGAAAUUAUUGAAGUGGAAGCAGGACUGGAAGCUGGAAAAUUUGAGAUUAUGAAGUAUUGUGUUGGUACUUUUGUUUCAGCACGAUCAAUUUGUCUUGCAUUCGUGCUAUUUUGGAAGUAGAAAUUAAAAGUAGACUUUGUUUGAUGACAAUAGUUGCUUUUGCAAUUAUGUGUUUUUAAAUGUAGAAAUUAGGACUACUUUAUUUAGGGUUAAGAAUUAUUAAAUACUGUGUUGGUACUUUUAUCUUAGUGACAACAGAUGCUCAACUUGUUAUUGGGCAUUUUUUUGGAGUAGAAAUUAUGGGUCGAUGAUGACUGGAUUAUAACUGAAUAUGAUAAUUAUCUUUAGAAACAUCCCUUUUACUUGC